AUGGCGUCUUCAACUUUCGUUGGGCUUCCUGUCAUCCCGCCUGAGGAUCCUUCACUCAAUGCUGUCUCGCCAAAACCUCGCGGAAUUCAAAAGAUCAUCGAAGCUCGUCAGCAGGCCGAAGGGGCGGGAGCCACAGUACGUCGAUCAAUUGGAACGCCCAAACUGAAGAACUUCACCCCGUUCUUAAUGCUUGAUCAUUUCGCUAUCGCACCUGGCGCUGGAUUCCCGGAUCACCCACAUCGUGGACAAGAGACGAUUACGUAUCUCAUCGAUGGAGCUGUCGAUCAUGAAGACUUCGCAGGCAACCGUGGGACGAUAGAGAGWGGAGAUCUACAGUUCAUGACAGCUGGACGUGGCAUUGUCCAUGCUGAAAUGCCACAUGACGAUGGCCAUGGCAGCACUAACGUGGGAAUGCAACUUUGGGUCGACCUACCGAAACAUCUGAAAACCUGCGAGCCCCGUUACCGCGACCUCAAAGCCAAAGAAAUCCCCGUUGCCACGGCGGACGACGGCAAGGUCACAAUCAAAGUGAUCAGUGGCCGCAGCCAGGGCGUUGAUAGUCUUCAAGAACUAGCCUACACUCCAGUAUGGCUGUUGGACGUCACCAUUCAACCGGGUGGUCGUCUUGUUCAGUCGCUGCCAGCCGCCUGGAACAGCUUUGCCUACUCACUGGAAGGCAACGUAACAUGGGAAACGGGCGCUACGAAGCAAGUGGUACCACAAUACCACCUCACAGUAUUCGCGCAAGCCGGAGAUCAGGUCAUCGUUACAGCACCAUCAGAUGCCGAGGCACCAUCGAGGGUCAUUCUUGUAGCUGGCCUGCCCCUGGAUCAACCGAUUGUGCAGUACGGUCCAUUUGUGCUCAAUGACGCAAGUGAAGUGCGCAAGGCUCUGAUGGACUAUUCGACUUUUAGCAAUGGAUUCGAGAGAGCGAACGGAUGGGAGUCUGAAAUCGGCAAGACUAUGGUUUAG